UUGUCCAGUGUUUUCUGGAGAAGAGAACCGUGUACCGGCCAAAUGCCUAAUCUGUGGUCAAUGGCUUUGCUGUGAGGCGUGGUGUUGCAAACAGACCAUUGGUGGUAAAGAUGUAGGCUCUUGUACAGCGCAUGCGCUAACAUGUGGCGCCGGUGUAGGUAUUUUUCUCCGGGUACGAGAUUGUAUCGUCCUGCUGCUGAAUGGCGUUGGCAAAGGAUGUUUUUUUGCACCGCCAUAUCUUGACGCGUAUGGUGAGACCGAUCCAGGGUUAAGGUAACUCGGAUUUUGUUUUGUUUAAGUCAGUUUAGUUUAGGUUUCCUCCUGUAGUAACACUGGAUCAGUAAAAGAUGAUCCUUACUGGACCUCUAGGGAGAACAGUUUAGAACUGAUAGAGCUAUCCAGUAUAAAUAAAGUUAGUUUAGUUUAGGUUUCCUUCUGUAAUAACACUGGAUCAAUAAGAGAUGAUCCUUACUGGACCUCUAGAGAGAACAGUUUAGAACUGAUAGAACUAUCCAGUAUAAAUAAAGUUAGUUUAGUUUAGGUUUCCUCCUGUAGUAACACUGGAUCAAUAAGAGAUGAUUCUUACUGGACCUUUAGGAAGAACAGUUUAGGACUGAGCUAUCCAGUGUAAAUGAAGUCAUUUUGUAUUUUAUUUUCAGGCGCGGUAACCCACUGUACUUGUGUGACGAACGCUAUCAACGACUUCAGAAAGUUUGGAAACAACAUGGCAUUGCCGGUGAAAUUGUCCGCCAUCUUGAAACAAACAGACAUUUGAUGCAUGUGGAUUGGACAAAUUAUUAAAGUACUUGAAAUUUGUUGCGAAGGGAUAUUUACUAAAAAAACUAAUUUUGGGAUUACAUCUACAAGUCGAGAUAUACGUUCCGACGGCUGUAAUUCAAUAUGCAAUUAAUUAUUUAACAAAACUAAGUAGAGGAAUUGUAAUUAUGCCUCAACAUGCACAACACAGAAACAGCUUUUAAUGUGAUGUACAAGUUGAUUUUGAAGUACCGAUAUAAUCAAUUGAAUAUACUGUUGGAUGGAUUAUCUUUGAUUGUUGUAUAGAACGAUUUGCAGCUAUAUGUGUUUUGGACCUAAACUAAACUAAACUAACUUUAUUUAUACUGGAUAGCUCUAUCAGUUCUAAACUGUUCUUCCUAGAGGUCCAGUAAGGAUCAUCUCGUAUUGAUCCAGUGUUACUACAGGAGGAAACCUAGACUAAACUAACUUUAUUUAUGUUGGAUAGCUCUAUCAUUUCUAAACUGUUCUCCCCAGAGGUCCAGUAAGGAUCAUCUCUUAUUGAUGCAGUGUUACUACAGGAGGAAACCUAAACUAAACUAACUUUAUUUAUACUGGAUAGCUUUAUAAGUUUUAAAGAACUAACUGUUCUUCCUAGAGGUCUAUAGUAAGAGUCAUCUUUUAUUGAUCCAGUGUUACUACAGGAGGAAACCUAUACUAAACUAACUUUAUUUACACUGGAUAGCUCUAUCAUUUCUGAACUCUUCCUGUCAUAUUGAUCUAGUGCAUAACCUGCGAACAGGGCCAACAGCAACCUCGCAAGGCCAGGGUCUUAAAAACAGGCGGCCAGCUAUGCCGACAUUUUUUGCGGCAUCUGGCCGCGUCGCGCAGCAACAUGCGAAUCGGGUGGUAAACAAAACAUGGUUCGAAGUAAGUUUAUUUGUUAAAAAAUAUUUAUUCUAAAUAACUUGUUCUUUUUUUUAAUGUUCGAUAUUUUACAUGUUUGUUUAUUGAUUUUAGUUACCGAAGGUCUUGUUCGUCAGAAGGCAGAGCAUAAUAAUUGCGAGUUAUCAACGCUUGAAGAGGUCUCACUGCAUCAACUUGACAUUGAGAGGUAUUAGAGUUGGGCAGAAUUUAACAGUUUUUAUUUAUAUUAAAAUAAUUUAAUAUACAUGAAUCACAACUAUUAAAAGCCGUGUAGGGCAUGUUUAUCAGGGCAGAUAGAUCUAACCUUAUCUGCAAGGAGGGGUGCAGGUUUUCCAUGGAGUGGUGCAUGAGGGAGCCUUACUGCCCACUCUCCUCUGCAGUCUGCAACGCUACUAUCCCAACAUUACCAUUAUUUGAGAUGGCCAAAUCUGCAUGUUCGCUGUUCUGUUACGUUUUACAUUAUCUUCUGUUUAUAAAGUUUAUAUCUGCUUUUUAUCACGUGUGCAUGACUGGACAGUUGCUGUAGCACAGUACAGUAAAUUUACUUGUUUAAGUACAGUAUAUUUGAAAAUAUGCAUGGCUGUAUAACAACCUCGACAUGUUUACACAUUUAACCAUGAUAUUUAACGAAGCAUUCUGAGUAUUUUCUUGUGAGCUCACAAAUCAACUAACGUUUCAAGAAAUCGACACACGCUAACGGUAGAAGUUCCGCAAAUCGCUAUUAAAAAAGCAGAAAAUGUAUGGUCAAGCAAAUUUGUUAUGAUGAUGCUGGACUUCUCUGGGCAGGGGGGGUGCUAGACACUGGGGUGGGUACCCCCAGGGACGCCGGAACGAUCAUAAGGCAAAGGGGGGCAGACCCACAGCAAGGGCACUUUUCUAAAGCAACCGAAAUUUUUUUUGUUAAUCUAAAAAUUUCGGCGAAAAAUUUUCGGUCAGUGUACCAUUUUAGGGGUCAAAAAAUUUUUCCGGGCAUACCAUAAGUGAAAUAUAAACUAUAAAUUGUCUGAAUCUCAUGAUUUUCGCACAAAAACCGUCGUUUUAAAUGUGAUUUAUCACGUAUUUUUUUAUAACUAAAAGGGCACUUCUGCCCCCCCUGCCCCCCCUAGCAAAAGGCAAGGGGGGCAGCCGCCCCCCCCUGCCCCCCCAGUUCCGGCGUCCCUGGGUACCCCCUGCACCCUCACGGUUAAGAUCUGCCUCUGAACAUGCUUUACAAGUCAAAAUUACAUAAUAUAUGAAGUUGAAGUAUAUUUUAAUUGAUAUAAAUCAAUAUGAAGUGACUGUAUGUUAUUUUUAGGAUUGAAAUUCUUGAUAAAGUUUGUCGUGAAUUAAAAAUUCUUUACUUGCAAAGCAACCUUAUUCCUAAAAUUGGUAAGCCGAAAUUCCUACCAAUUAUUUUGUUUUAAUAUCAGUACUUUCUUCAGAAUUUGUUGUCAAUCCAAUUGCAACUGAUUGUUUCCAUUAUUUCAGAAAAUGUUGGUCGAUUGAAGAAGCUUGAGUAUCUUAACUUAGCAUUGAAUAAUAUUGAAAAAGUUGAGAAUUUAGAAGGUAGAAUGAGCUGUGAACUUGUAAUAUAUAUGAACCAGUUAUAACAAUAACAUUGCAUUCGGUUCACUUGACAUGAUAUACUUACCAUUCCACACCAUACUGUACAAUAGCACAUCAUUCCAUACCACAACAUACUGUACAAUUACCGUCUCACACUAUAGCAUACCAUACCAUACUGUAUAAUUACCAUAUCACACCAUAUACCACACUAUAGCAUACCAUACCAUACCAUACUCAGUCUGUAUAAUUACCAUAUCACACCAUACCACACUAUAGCAUACCAUACCAUACCAUACUCAGUCUGUAUAAUUACCAUAUCACACCAUAUACCACACUAUAGCAUACCAUACCAUACCAUACUCAGUCUGUAUAAUUACCAUAUCACACCAUACCACACUAUAGCAUACCAUACCAUACCAUACUCAGUCUGUAUAAUUACCAUAUCACACCAUAUACCACACUAUAGCAUACCAUACCAUACCAUACUCAGUCUGUAUAAUUACCAUAUCACACCAUACCACACUAUAGCAUACCAUACCAUACCAUACUCAGUCUGUAUAAUUACCAUAUCACACCAUAUACCACACUAUAGCAUACCAUACCAUACCAUACUCAGUCUGUAUAAUUACCAUAUCACACCAUACCACACUAUAGCAUACCACACUAUAGCAUACCAUACCAUACUGUAUAAUUACCAUAUCAUACCAUACCACACUAAUAUAGCAUACCAUACCAUACCAUACCACACUAUAGCACCUGUAUAAUUACCAUAUCACACCAUACCACACUAUAGCAUACCACACUAUAGCAUACCAUACCAUACUGUAUAAUUACCAUAUCAUACCAUACCACACUAAUAUAGCAUACCAUACCAUACCAUACCACACUAUAGCAUACCACACUAUAGCAUACCACACCAUACUGUAUAAUUACCAUAUCACACCAUACCGCACUAUAGCAUACCAUACUAAUAUACCACACUAUAGCAUACCACACCAUACUGUAUAAUUACCAUAUCACACCAUACCACGCUAUAGCAUACCACACCAUACUGACAUGGGUUUUAAGGUUUCCUUCAAAUUUUCAAUAGCAAAUCUUCAUUCAAACGAAGUUCCUGCAGUUGUUUCACAUUUCCUGCGAGCAGUGCUUGCGUGCUCGCCUAUUUUUCCACCCCUGAUAGCAUACCACACCAUACUGCAUGUUGCAUGUACAAUUACCAUAUCACACCAUACUAUUAGUAUAUCACACCCACCAUACCACACCAUUCUGUACAAUACCAUAUUACAUUGUACCAUACCAUACCAUACCAUACCAUACCAUACCAUACCAUACCAUGCUAUACAAUACCAUAUCACAAUUGAUAUCCCACCAAACCACAUUACUGUACAAUACCUUAUCAUAUCACACCAUACCAUACCAUACCAUGUUGUACAAUACCAUAUCACAUACCAUACCAUUCUCACCAUACCACACCAUACAAUAGCAUACUAUACUAUACUGUACAGUACAAUAUCAUUCAUACCACACCCACCAUACCAUACCAUACAAUACAAAACCAUAUUGUACCAUACUAUACCAUACCCACACCAUACAAUACUUAUACCAUGCAUUCCAUGCCUUAACAAAAGCGUUUUCAACAUGGAUCUGUAUGAAAGAUAUUAUGAAAAAUGUAUUCUUCUUAAGGUUGUGAAUCCUUGCAGAAGCUAGACUUGACUGUCAAUUUCGUUGGAGAAUUAACAAGUAUCAAGAGCUUGGAGGUUAACCACCAUUUGCAACAAUU